GACUGAUUAAGAAUUGACAACUUGUGGAAGUGCGGACGUAUAAAAUUUAAUGUUAAGUUUGGGAAUGGACUGACAGAGGAUUCAAUAAAAACAGACGGUUUGAGCAAGGAAUCUAAAGAGAACAGGGCAAGGUGUCUGGACUAGGCCUCGGGCAUCUAAUUAUCAACAACUCGACUAUGCCAGCUGUUGCAAGGCCUGGUAGUUUAAAGGACCCAGAGAUUGCCGAAUUAUUUGAGAAAAAUGAUCCGGAGAAAAUAUUUGAGGAUUUGCGCGAGAUCGGGCAUGGUAGUUUCGGGGCUGUUUACUAUGCACGAUGCCUGGUUACCAAAGAAAUUGUUGCCAUCAAGAAAAUGUCUUAUCUGGGGAAGCAAACGAUGGAAAAGUGGCAAGACAUUUUAAAGGAAAUUCGAUUUCUUAGGCAACUUAAUCAUCCUAACACUAUAGAAUAUAAGGGUUGCUAUCUCAGGGACCACACUGCCUGGUUGGUGAUGGAAUAUUGUCUUGGCUCCGCAUCAGAUAUUAUUGAGGUACACAAAAGACCGCUGAAGGAAGAGGAAAUAGCUGCGAUAUGCGAGGGUGUAUUGCGUGGCUUGCACUAUCUUCACUCCCUUGGGAGAAUCCAUCGCGAUGUGAAAGCUGGAAAUAUUCUACUUACUGAGAAUGGUACAGUGAAAUUAGCUGAUUUCGGGUCCGCGAGUAUAAAAUGUCCAGCCAAUAGCUUCGUAGGGACUCCGUACUGGAUGGCGCCAGAAGUUAUAUUGGCUAUGGACGAGGGGCAAUAUGAUGGCAAGGUUGACGUAUGGUCAUUAGGAAUAACAUGCAUCGAAUUAGCGGAAAGAAAGCCACCUUAUUUUAAUAUGAACGCAAUGAGCGCCUUGUAUCAUAUUGCACAGAAUGACAAUCCAACGUUAAAUUCGCCAGAUUGGACUGAUGUUUUUCGACAUUUUGUUGAGGUGUGUCUCACAAAAAGUCCAAUUGAAAGACCAACAUCCGGGAAACUGUUAUCACAUCAAUUUGUCACCAGACCACGUUCUCCUCAAGUUUUAAUAGAUUUAAUACAGAGAACAAAAGCUGCUGUUCGAGAAUUAGAUAAUUUGAAUUACCGUAAAAUGAAGAAAAUUUUGAUGAUCGACUCAUGCGAGACAGAGAGCACAGUUGGUGACGCAGACGAUACUCCUGAUGAACAAACAGGUGGCGAUAGUAGCAAAAGCAAUUCAAUUACCUCAGAACACUCGAUUCACUCGAUGGGCGUCUCAGCAAGCUCUCAAAGUUCCUCCACCAAUAGCCUGCCGCUGCCGAAUGCUGAUGGUAAUGAUUAUUCUUCGGGAUCUGUCAGAAAUCGGCAUAAGGUCUCAGCAGGUGGUGUCACUGCCAAUCUUCUUGAACACGGUGCCAAUAAUUUUGCAACAAUUAGGACAACUUCAAUUGUUACGAAACAACAAAAAGAACAUAUGCAAGAAGAAAUGCAUGAACAAAUGAGUGGAUAUAAACGAAUGAGGAGAGAGCAUCAAGGUGCUUUGGUGAAAUUAGAGGAACGUUGCAAAAUGGAAAUGGAGUCACAUAAACAGCUGUUGGACAAAGAAUAUGAAACUUUAUUACAACAGUUUAGUAAGGAUCUCGAGAAAUUGCAACUCAGACAUCUACAAGAACUAGAACGCAAGUUGAAACAAAAUCAAAAUGCUGAGAAGAAACUUAAUAAAGAAAUAACAAGUAGACAUGAAGCUGACCGUAAAGCUCUGGAAGCUCAACAGAAAAGAGAGUACAAAGCUUAUAAAGAAAGAUGGAAAAAAGAACUCUCUCAGGAUGAAGUAACUCCAAAGAGGCAACGAGAUGCUACACUUCAAAGUCAAAAAGAUAAUUUGAGACAGAUGGAAGCUCAAGAGGAGCAACGGCUUGCGAGGGGACAACGAGAAUAUUUGGACCUUGAAAUUCGGAAAUUCCGUAGAAAAAAGUUACUCAUCUUCCAUAGUUUGGAACAGGAGCUUCUUCGCGAAGAAUUGAAUAAACGGCAACAACAGCUGGAGCAAGCACAUGCUAUGCUUUUACGACAUCAUGAAAAGACGCAAGAAUUAGAAUAUAGACAGCAAAGAGCAGUACACGCACUUCGUGAGGAUCAAGUACAUCGACAGCAUUCAACAGAACUUUGUAACCAGCAGGAUUAUAUGCAAAGGGCCGAGCGCGAUUUACGUAAAAAGCAUGCGUUAGAACUUAAACAACAACCGAAGAGUCUCAAGCAAAAGGAAAUGCAAAUUCGUAAACAGUUUAGAGAAACUUGUAAAAUACAAACACGACAAUAUAAAGCGUUGAAAGCUCAAAUCCUGCAAACGACUGCUAAGGAUGAGCAAAAAGCAGUUAUUAAGAAAUUAAAGGAAGAACAAAGACGCAAAUUAGCACUUUUAGGCGAUCAGUAUGAGCAAAGUAUCGCUGAAAUGCUCCAAAAGCAAAGUAUACGGUUAGACGAGUCACAAGAAGUAGAAUGCCAUAAUCUUAAGGAAAGACUAAAUUAUGAAUUAGAAAUUCUGAUGGCAUACCAAUCAAAAAAUAAGAUGCAAGCCGAGGCGCAGAGAAACAGAGAACGUCGUGAAUUAGAAGAUCGUGUAUCUGUUAGACGAGCUUUGCUUGAACAAAAAAUGGAAUUAGAAACUCAGGAAUUUCUUCGUGAACGUAGUGAACGUAUACGCCUGUUACAUGAAAGGCAAGAACGGGAACUGCAGCAAUUUGAUGAGGAAAGUGCAAGAAUAGGAUUCAGUGCUCUGGCGAUAGCUGAAGCAUCGAAAGAAUCUUAUCCGGACGAUGAAAGCCUUAGUGGCUCCAUGUUAAGUCUGGCUCACAGUAAUAGCUCCACGUCCUUCCCCCCUAAUAGUCUUUAAUUUUAACCCUCAAAUUCCACACUGGCGCGAAUUCGCACCAGCAAAAAUACGCAUCAAAUUGUGUAUGGAAAAGUUUCUAUGGAAAAUUUUUGCUUUGCAUCUUCAUAACAAAAUUAACGUUUAAAGACGUAAGAAUUCGCACCAGUGUGGAAGUUACGGUUGCGCGGGGUGUACGUAACGAGUUUGCCGACGUAAUAAUUCAAUGACUUACAAAUACAAUAUAACAAGGAUUGACUUGUUACGUGCAUCCAUGUUAUUGAACCGAAACCUGCAAGAUUUAUUGGGAAUGUGUAUUGGCUGAAAUGUAGGCGCGUAAUUUUUAAUCGUCCAGAUGUAUCGACGUACUUUGCCAGAAAAGAAAGAAAGCUUCAUAUUGAAGAAGAAUUUAGAUGCUUUUUGCAACAUUGUAAUAUUUAUUAAUCAUAACCAAAUAUUCUGAGAUACAUAUAGAGAUAAAAGAAAAUCUUUCAAACGUUAAUCUCAUUUCUUAUAUAUCCAUUACAGAAUCUUCAAAUUUA